GUAGGUUGCGCCACCAGCGUUGUGCGCAUCUGGCGUGCUUCUCUAACAGCGGCAUGGAGGAACCCCUGACAUCGAGCGAUCACCUCAGAAGCAGCGAAGGAGGGGCGGAAGGUGCGGCCUGGCGACCUGCGGAAGAGAGUAGAGGUUGGAGGUUGUUUCCUUUCUGCCGCGGCGGGAGGACGACCGUUUCUCCGGAACAUGAUUCGCUGGCCUCUAGAUAUGGGCUUCUCGAUGUGGCGGAGAUUCGGAGUAAGGACUUGAUGACGGUGGUUGUCAACGGGAUUGGAAUGACCCUGCUAUACCUGCUCCUUGGAGGGUUGUGGCUGAUGAUCUCCGACGCUUGGAGCUUCACCGAAACUGUGUAUUUCAUGACCACGUCUAUGCUAACAAUCGGAUACGGAGAUGUCGUAGUCCAGGGUGCGGAUCGGUUUCUAGAUUCCUUGCUCAUCGUUCUGGGCCUGUUUUCGAUUACCAUUUGGGCCGCCUGUGCCAGCCAAUGGUUGAGCUCCGUCCGGUCGAGGCGUGUUGAGGGACAUGGACCCGUGGCUGAGUUUGACGCUGAGCUCUCCAUCCGAAAAUACCGCUGGAAGCUAAUCCACCGGCUCGUCAUUCUCUUGGUGGUGUUCGUGGUCGGCGUUGUCGCGUUCAUGCUUGGGGAGGGGGCGCCGUUUACGACCAGCUUCUACUGGGUGAUCGUAACCUCUAGCACCAUCGGCUACGGAGACGUGGUGCCGACCUCCCCGGCCAUGAAGUGGUUCACCUCGUUCUAUAGCAUUGCUGCCACUGGCGCCAUGCUGGAGACGCUGCGAUUUGCGGGCACUUUUCCCUUCACAGUCUGGACAUUGAGGGCGGAGGCAAAGGUGUUCGGCCAGUUCUCCAGGAGCGACACCGCCGCGGGGCGGGCGGCGGCGGCGAGUCUGGCAGAAUGUGCCAUAACCGAACUCCUGGGGAUACCACCGGAGGAGCGGCCGGGCGGGGUUGUAGGCAGGUAA